AUGCCGUAUCUGUCAUGGGCUUCUUUCCAUGUAUUUCUUUGUCUGCUGGGAUUGGUUGUCCUGUGUCACUCCGACAGCUUCUUCCAAAAGUUAGAGCUGAAAGAUCUGAAAAACCCUCCAAAAGGGUGUGUGGAUAAGGAUGGAAAGCAGCACGAUUUUGGCUCUGAAUGGGACAGAGACUGCAUGGCGUGCUCUUGUACGAGCGAGGGCUUGAGCUGCAGUAGCAAAAUGCCUAAUGCAAACACAGUAGACAUUUCUGAGGACUGUGAGUUGGUUGUUGAUAAGGAUGCCUGCUCUGCCAAGGUGGUGAUGAAGUCAGACAAGACAAAGGAGUGUAACCCUGUCUGAACACACUACAACGUGACCUCUACACAUUAUGGACAACUGAAGUCCAAGGUUAUAGGGUCUUCAAUCUUGUUUGUAUUUUAUCAACUAGUUUGUGUACAAACUGUAAAUUACCAAUAAACCCUGACUAAUCAA